AUGUCUACACCUUCUCUUGCGGUCCCGGCGCGCAGGCCGAUGAUCAAGCGCUUGUCAUCUAUGGAUGCCACUCGCGAGACCAUACAGAUGGGACCCACGGUCGUGGUCCCACCUCAGUAUCUUAUGGCUCCGUCAAAUGCCUCGGAGGUUGCCUGUGGGUUUGAGACAGCGAGACACCACCUUGACACUGCCAGUGUACCUGGCUCUCCAACUCAGACGCCUGCCGAAACAUCGGUUACCGACAAGUACGCCUUUGCGUUCGACAUUGACGGUGUCCUUAUCCGAGGAGGUCGACCAAUCCCGGAAGCCAUUGAAGCCAUGAAAAUGCUCAACGGCCAGAACGAGUACGGAAUCCAGGUUCCGUACAUCUUCGUCACCAAUGGCGGAGGUAAGACUGAGGCUGAACGCUGCCUUGAUCUUAGCAAGCAACUAGAGAUGGAAGUGUCACCUGGACAGUUCAUCUGCGGCCAUACCCCUAUGAGGGAGAUGGCCGCGAAGUACAACACUGUCCUCGUCGUUGGUGGCGAGGGCGAAAAGUGCCGUAUUGUUGCAGAAGGCUACGGCUUCAAGGAUGUCGUCACACCUGGAGAUAUCAUCAAGGACAACCAAGACACGACGCCCUUCCGCAAGUUGACAGAGGAGGAGUACAGGAACUCGCGAUCUCGUAACUUCGCUGAAGUCGAGAUCGAGGCCAUCUUCGUCUUUGCUGACUCGCGCGACUGGGCUUCUGACCAACAAAUCAUCCUCGAUCUCCUCAUGUCGAAGAAAGGUCGUCUAGGAACCAGGUCCGAGAACUAUGAUGAAGGCCCACCAGUCUUCUUCUCGCACAAUGAUGUCGUCUGGAGUGCCUCGCACGACCUUACCCGAAUUGGCAUGGGCGCUCUCCGCGUCUCUCUUGAAGCUAUGUUCAAGGCCGUCACCGGCAGAGAACUCAAGACGACUGCGUUUGGCAAGCCCCAAAUCCAGACAUUCGAGUUCGCUACUCGCCUACUUCGAGAGUGGCGUAAGAACACCCACAGCAUUGACUCUCCACCCUCUACUGUAUACUUCGUUGGAGACACCCCAGAGUCCGACAUUAGGGGUACCAACGAAUAUAACGACUACACCAAGGAAGCCAACUGGUACUCGAUUCUCGUGCGAACCGGCGUAUUCCAGGCGGGUACCAAGCCACGCUUCGAGCCCAAGGCUACCGUCGACACGGUCCUCGACGCUGUCAAGCACGGUAUCGAGCGCGAGUACAAGAAGGCUCUGAAGGAGAGCAUGCUUAAGGCUGGCAUGAUUGAGGAGUAA